AUGCAGGACCAGAAGCGAUCAGCAGUACCAAGUUAUUUCGUCCCAGCCGCUGCUCACCAGCCAGCACCUCUAACUUUGGGGAUACCAACAAAACUGCCAUCAGUGUAUCACCUCAUUGACCCUCGUUUACUCUAUGCAUCGCCGGGUCAGUUCACCGGUACUGGGCUCUCAGGGACUCUAACCCUUUCCGAGUUGCGAUACUAUCAAUAUCAGAACCAAGAGAUUGAGGCAUACAUUGCUAUAAAACUGGCACAGUUACCCAAACGGCAGCAGGAACAUGGAACACAACAUCUAGUUCUCGGCUCUCAGGGUGUUCCACAAGGAUAUCAUCAGGAUGAUGCUAUAAACGUACCGAAUUCCACUUUUCAACAGCAACAUGCUUCCAGGUACGCACGGCAUCUAGGACUGCAGCAAACUGCUAUGCCGACUCAGCAUCCGCCGCGAGCGCCAAUCUUCACAGCACAGAUGUACGAGACGGUUCAGCCCACCCAGAAUCUUCUCCCGCAACCGGGUUAUCUUCAGUCACCAGGAUCUCCGUUCCACCCUCCGAUACAGAAUAUCCAGCAACACCCUGUCCCCAUAGAAUCUCGACCUAUGCCCGCGCAGCCUGGGUCUACGUCCACACGUCGCGACAUGAUCAGUCCUGGUCUCCCGGCCUUCACCAGGCCCGCCGGCAUUGCCAAAUCUACCUUCAAGACACUCACGCCUGCAGGCCUACCAGACUUCUCCGACCCAGCCCAACGCGUAACAGCCAUGGCAGCUUUCAAGAAACUCUCGCGAGAGGAAAAGAUAGCGAAACUUUUGGAACUAGAAAGAGCUGAGAAGGCCAUGAACCCCAACGCGAUCACACAGGUACAGAAGAUCCUCAUCAAGUCAGCUGCAGAACAGGCGGCCGCAGCGAAGGCAGUUGCGGCAGGUGAAUACAGAAUGGAUAAGAGCAAGAGAAAUGCAGAGAACAUGAUCAAGCCAUCAUACCAACAAGCGAUAAUCGUUCCGGCCCCGAUCUAUCGGACUCGUCAGAGUGCAUACACGAACACGCCAGGAGUUGGAGGCUUCGCGUCUCACCCAGAGUACUCGAGUAUCACGAGUUCGUUUCGUUCUCCGCAGUCUCAUAGGGUUUUCAUGGUUCCUACACUGGCUCCCAAGCGAAAAGAGAAAUGA